CAACGCAUCACCUGUUCAUCGACUUCAAAGCGGCAUACGACAGUAUCGACCGCGCAGAGCUAUGGAGAAUCAUGGACGAAAACGGCUUUCCUGGGAAGCUGACUAGACUGAUUAAAGCAACGAUGGACGGUAUGCAAAACUGCGUAAGGGUUUCGGGUGAACUAUCCAGCUCAUUCGUAUCUCGCCGGGGACUGCGACAAGGUGAUGGACUCUCAUGCCUACUCUUCAACAUCGCUCUGGAAGGUGUUAUGCGACGAGCCGGGCUCAACAGCCGGGGAACGAUUUUCACAAAAUCCGGUCAAUUUGUGUGCUUUGCGGACGACAUGGACAUUAUUGCCAGAACAUUUGGAACGGUGGCAGAACUGUACACCCGCCUGAAACGCGAAGCAGCAAAGGUCGGACUGGUGGUGAAUGCCUCAAAACCAAAGUACAUACAUGCUGGUAGGCGGAACCGAAAACGACCGGAUCCGUCUGGGUAGUAAUGUUACGAUAGACGGGGAUACUUUCGAGGUGGUGGAGGAAUUCGUCUACCUCGGAUCCUUACUGAUGGCUGAGAACAACGUGAGCCGUGAAAUUCGGAGGUGCAUCAUCAGCGGAAGUCGGGCCUACUACGGGCUCCAGAAGAAACUGCGGUCGAAAAAGAUUCACCCACGCACCAAAUGCACCAUGUACAAAACGCUAAUAAGACCGGUGAUCAUCUACGGGCACGAGACAUGGACCAUGCUCGAGGAGGACCUGCAAGCACUCGGAGUUUUCGAGCGACGCGUGCUAAGAACGAUCUUCGGCGGUGUGCAGGAGAACGGUGUGUGGCGGAGAAGAAUGAACCACGAGCUCGCUGCACUUUACGGCGAACCCAGCAUCCAGAAAGUGGCCAAAGCCGGAAGGAUACGAUGGGCAGGACAUGUUGCAAGAAUGCCGGACAACAACCCUGCAAAUCUGGUGUUUGCAACUGAUCCGGUUGGCACAAGAAGGCGUGGAGCGCAGAGAGCACGAUGGGCGGACCAGGUGGAGCGUGACUUGGCGAGCAUCGGGCGCGACCGAGGAUGGAGAGCGGCAGCCACAAACCGAGUAUUGUGGCGUACUAUUGUUGAUUAUGUCUUGUCUUAAUGAUGUUGAACAAAUAAAUGUAUUUAUGUACACUCCCGUUCAAAAGUUUGGGGUCACCCCCUCAAAAACAUGUCAUUUUUUUAGGCCCAUAUCUCCGCUAAUUUGCGUCCGAUUUCAAAACCCUAGGUUUCAUUCAAAAGAUAAUAAGUCAAAGAAACUUUGAACAUGAUUUAAAAGAAACUUUUUCAAAAAAUUUUGUAUGUAAACUUAACCCAAAGUUGCCAAAUUUUCUAAAAAAUGAAUAUAAACUUACGGCAGUGUCGCUGGAAGUUGGGUCGACCAAAUUUUAAGAUGAGAGCGGUAAUAUGACCCAAUUUCUAUUAGCUUUCAAUUGCUUUUUACAGAACUUAGCUAAAAAAUCUAGAAAAAAAGUUAUUAAGUAAAUUAAUCCUUGAUGUCAUCGGCCAAAAGUUUGGGGUCACUUUCGUAAAACAUGGAAAAGUGAUUUGUUGAUAUCUUUGUCAUCUUUCAUUCAAUUUUAAUUCUUCUUGGCUUAUAUGAAACAAAAUGAAUGAUACUUACUGCAUAGACAUUGAACCACACAUAUUUGUUGAAAUUUACAUACUAAAACUUAACGUUAAGUUGCCUCAUUUUUUGAAGCGUGGUGAAAUGUGCUAACUUUACAUAACAUUUUUAUAUACAAAAAUCGUUAAAUCCGUUAAGUUAAAGACAUCAAACGUAAAUUUAGUUAAUUAUCUUUGAAAUGAGCCAAAAAUAAUUAAAAUUGAACUAUAGAUGACGAAGAUAUCAACAAAUCACUUUUCCAUGUUUUACGAAAGUGACCCCAAACUUUUGGCCGAUACAUCAUAUUGAGGGGUGACCCCAAACUUUUGGUCGAUGACAUCAAGGAUUAAUUUACUUAAUAACUUUUUUUCUAGAUUUUUUAGCUAAGUUCUGUAAAAAGCAGUUGAAAGCUAAUAGAAAUUGGGUCAUAUUACCGCUCUCAUCUUAAAAUUUGGUCGACCCAACUUCCAGCGACACUGCCGUAAGUUUAUAUUCAUUUUUUAGAAAAUUUGGCAACUUUGGGUUAAGUUUACAUACAAAAUUUUUUGAAAAAGUUUCUUUUAAAUCAUGUUCAAAGUUUCUUUGACUUAUUAUCUUUUGAAUGAAACCUAGGGUUUUGAAAUCGGACGCAAAUUGGCGGAGAUAUGAGCCUAAAAAAAUGACAUUUUUUGAGGGGGUGACCCC